AUGGAUAGCAUACUUGCCGCUGUGGAGUUCCCAGUCACUAUCAACAAUCAACAAAAUGUGGAACAGAUCAUACACUAUGCAUCCACAGUCAAUGUAAUAAUCUCACUUGCUAUUGGUAUCGCAACUAAUUCAUUACUAUAUUUAUCAUAUGCUUUCGCAGCUCAGUUUAUUGCCUUGGUAUUGAUAGUUGCCCCUAAUUUCUGGUUCAACAGUAAUCCCCCAAUACAAUGGUUAAAUAUCAAGUAUUGA